AUGGCUGCGGCUAAGAAAAUGUUCGCCCUGCCCUCCUUAUGUCUGAUGCUGCUUCUCUUGUCAGGUUCGGCCUUGGGUCUUUCGUCGAUAAGAGUCAAGGGCACAAAGCUCUAUGACGAGGAUGGGAACCAAUUCUUCGUCAGAGUCUAUGCCGCCGGUGAAUCCCGUCUAGACCCUCUCGCGGAUGCCAAACAAUGCUCAAACGACGCAGCCCUGAUGAAGGCUAUGGGAGUCAAUACCGUCUUCGUCUAUUCUGUCAACCCGGAGCUAGACCACCAUGGCUGUAUGCAAGAGUUUGCCAGGCAUGGCAUCUAUGUCUGGCUGAAUCUGGGUGAACUGCCGCAAACUAAUCCGACGGCAUGUAUGGAUUCAAUUGCUCCUUUCGACAAUGUAUUGGCAUUUGGUAUUGCUCAGCAGAUCAUCAACGGAAGCAGAAUCUCAACAGCUGCAGCACCGUUUAUCAAGGCCGCAACCAAAGACCUCAAGGCAUACCGAGACUCGCGCGGCUAUCGAGCCAUACCCCUGAGCUACAACGCAGGCGAAGACAGCUACCAGCCGUUGACCGGCCAGUACCUGAGCUACGGCGACGCCAGCGAAUCUAUUGACAUCUUUGGCCUCAAUAUCUUUGAAGGGUGCUCAGAGGACGACUACAACAAGCUCUACGACCGCUACCGCAACUUCCCCAUCCCGCUCAUCGUCUCCGAGUCCGGCUGCAGAGACCGAUCGGGUGGCGCACGAGGUUUCCACGAGCUCGCUUUAACGUUCAGCUCCAAAUUCCAACAAGUCUUUUCGGGCGUAAACGUGUAUGAAUGGUCCGAGAAGGGCAACGGCCUGGGGAUGGUGCAGUACCAAAACGCCGCCGAGAAUUUGGGCUCUCCGACGGCCCUAGCCCCGUACGACCGCGUCUCGUCCAUCUAACGCGACUCUGGCACCUGCAGGCACGCCAGAAGCGUCUUACACUCCGGCAUCGAACCCGGCACCGGCUAGUUGUCCGACACAAGAUUCCGAACUUGGCUGGCUUGUCAACGGCACAGCCCCCUUACCCACCAUCGCAGGG